AUGAAUUCUUCACCAGGAAACUUGCUUACCCUCUUUGAAAAUCUCCCAAAUGAAGUAAUCUAUGAAAUAUUCGAAUAUCUCGAUUUUAAUGAUAUUGAUCAAAUCUUUUCAAAGCUUAAUCUUCGAUAUCAUAGUCUUGUUAAUAAUCCAGCAUUUCAUAUUAAAAUCAAUAUUUCAUCCAUGUCUAAAAAUACUUUUGAAUCUUAUUGUAAACAUAUCCUUAUUCCUUAUCAAAAUCGAAUUUAUUCAAUGAAUAUAGAAAAUUUAUUUAUUUUUUAUUUAUCUUCACCAUUACUUACUCUAUCACAAUAUUCUCAACUUGAAAUACUUAUUCUUAAAAAUAUUGAAUCAAAUCACAUUACAAGUCUUCUUCCACAUUUAUCUUUAUUACCUAAUCUUUCAUCAUUAAUUAUCAUUCCUAUUGAUGAUUUUCAUAAUGUAAAUAGAUUGUAUCAUACAAUCUUUCGUUUACCUGCAUUAAAAUAUUUGAGAAUAUCAUUGAACGAAAGCGAUUCCGAUGAACUGUUACCUAUCGCCAAGAAUCAUUGCAAUCCUAUCGAACAUUUCGUUAUCGAUAGUAAUUGUAGUAUUACUCAUCUCAAAGUAUAUUUAUCAUAUCUUUCACAACUUCGUCGUUUAUCAUGUAAGAAACUAUUGGAAUCCUCUCAUGUAGAACAAAAUUUGGGACAUCUUAUAUUAUCUAAUUUAACACAUCUUUCACUUCAAAGUGAAAAUAUUAGUUUUAAUCAAAUUAAAUUAUUUAUUAGAAAUCUUUCUCAUCAACUUCAAGUUUUUCGUUUUUCAACAGAAUUUAAUAUUACGUAUUUAAAUGCAAAUCAAUGGCAAGAAUUAAUUCUAUCUCAUAUGCCAUAUUUACGUAUAUUUGAUAUUGAACUUCAAGCUAAUUAUUACAAUAAUAAAGAUGAUUUUCAUAUUUUAAUAAGUCAAUUCAUGUCUCCAUUUUGGUACGAAAGACAAUGGUUUUUUACAUAUGAAUAUACAGAUAGUUUAGCAAGAUUUUAUUCUACAGAACCAUACAGACGAAAACACUGCACACUACACAAUGGACUAUGUCAACAUACUACAUAUCUAUGUAGAAAGACUAAUUAUGUACGUUCAGUUGAACAUAUUUCUAUUCGAGAUAAUUUAGAAAUUGAAAAUAAUUUAAUUUAUUUUCCUAAUACUAAUCAACUUACACUUUUUGAUCAUUCUAAUAAUACGCUUUAUUCAAUUCCUACUAUACUUGAUCGAACUAUACCAUUAGUAAAACUUUUUAAAUUAUGUAUUAAUUGUCAUCAAUUUUGCAUUGGUAAAUUAAUGGAAUUAUUAUAUUUUUCACCAAAUGUUCAUAUAUUAAUAAUUAAUUCAAUAUCAUUAACUAAAAUUAGUUCGACUUCAAUACAACAAACGCAAACAUUUCAAACCAUACAUAAAAUCAAUAAAAUUACGAUUUUAAUGAUUAGAGAAAUUUCAAUACAGGAAUGUUUACUUUUAUUUAUUAAACUUUGUCCUCGAUUAAAACAAUUUACAGUUCAAAUACCUCUAAAUAUUUUUAUAUCAAUUAUAUCACAUUUAUUCUUCGAAUUUGAGAAAUACAAUGAACAUCUAUCUUUAGUAUGUCUAUUGAAUAUAGAUACAGCAUUGGAAAGAAUGAUUUUACCAUAUUUACCUACUAGUUGUUCAAUAAAGUCGCUUUUACAAAAUUUAUAUAUAUGGUAUUGA